AUGGUCAAUAGUAGUCACCUACGAACUCUCGUCGUGCGCCAUUUGGCUCUUGAUCAAGUAACCAUGCUCCUUCAGCAUCUGGAUCUGCCCGUGCUCAACAAGCUGACGCUCGUGAACAUUUUCGAUGACACGCUAACACAUUGUGAAGAAUUUCGUCGCGUUUUCAACCGUGAUCGUCUUCCGGCGUUGAAAACACUGCACUUCCUUCUUCGCUUUCCUGCUCAUCUGCAUGAUACAUUCCAAGCGACGGUCUUGAACACAUUUGAUGGCUUAUGGCCCUUCGGUCAAGUGGCUUUACAUCUGGAUGAAUAUCUUGUCAUCAGCAGAUUCGAUAAAGAAGUAACAAAAACAGUGCUUCUCUUCUAUACGCUUCCAUUAGACACGCUGUUGCGCUAUACGCGUACUGUGCACAAUCACUCGUUUGUCGAAUAUUCGACUGGCAUAAGACAACGAUCUUUGAAAUGGAGAUGCAAUCAAACUGAUAGUGCGAGUCAGGUGACAAGCACUCUGAACAAAUUGGCUUCCGGACAGAUCAGUACACUUCAUUUCUCUUUCGACAAAAUCAAGACGUUAUUCACAAUGGACAAAUUUUGUCCUGAGCAAUGCUUUCCUCGUUUACGCUCUGUGAUUUUUCAUUUCGAACCUGAUUUUCGCCACGAAUCUGCACGUUUUCAUCUGGUGGAUCAGAUUCUACACAGCUCGCCUCGCCUCGAACAUCUCGCUGUAAAGUGGAGUGAUUUGCGGUGCUGUUCGCGAUCGAACGUCAACGUCAAAUAUCUGUGUCUCAAACUUUACGAACACUCGAGUGAUCCUAAUCGGCUCGUCGACAUUGGUCUCAUUUCUCAACUGUUACCCAAUCUCCAUUCUCUAGAAACCAGCUACGGGCAUUUUGCAUUCAAUGAGAAUCUGAUCACAUUUAUUGUGAGAUUGGUCGACACUUUUGAUCAGCUGGUCGAGUUGAUCAUCAACAGCCAUGGGAUUCGGGUAAUUGAAUCUGACACUCGAUUGAUGAUGGAACGGGCGAUAUUCAAUACCGGUCACCGACGAUUAUUGGACUCUCGUGUAUGUCAAAUUAAAUUUCCAAAAAGAGAUGAAAUAAAGAUAUGGUUAUCGACCUUUCGAUAA